AUGAAAGAGUUCAGUGCGAAGGCUGUGGCGGCGCAGCGCACGGCAGAUAAGACAGUCGCCCGCUACCUUUCAGAGCAGCAAAAUAUCAGCCACUUCUCUGAUUUGUUGAGAACUGAAGCCACAGCAUGGAUGAAAAGCUUGUUCUCACCUCGCAUCCACCAGUGCGUAGCGGCUCGACUCGCCGACUCCACCCAUUUCAGCCCCUUCAUCAUCGCAAUCACGCCACAUAAGUCGCUCCCUCCUCUGCCUCGAGGCUCGCCAUUAUGUGUUUCAUCACUGCUGUGGGUUAAUUUUUCCCCUGGUUUUCUUCUCCUAAAGCUGGAAACUGCCCUCCACAAUCCUGUUCACUGUGCACUGCUGGGCUUCUCUGCAGCGAGUACUUCUUUACCUCAAGGCUACCUCUGGGUGGCUGGCGGAGGGGAAGGUUCUCAAGGCCACAUAGAGAUAUUUUCCCUCAACAGGCCCACUCCGAGGGCCGUGAAGAGCCUGCAGAUAGACUCUCCCGUUCGGUGUCUGGAAUAUGCGACAGCCCCGCUGCCAGGCGCCGAGCUGGAGACGGGACUUCACAAGCCUUCUCCGGGGAUCGGUACCAACAUUUGCGUCGGAUUAGACGAUGGCCGUAUUCUGGUGUACGGCAGCGUGGACACUGCAGCACAAUGUUUCCUGACUCUCCACAACCCCGAGGGCAGUCCGGUGCUGUGCCUGAAACACUCCUCUCAUUUCCUGUUUGCGGGCCUGCGGAACGGGACCGUUAUGGUUUAUAGAAGGAAUAACAGUGAUGACCUUUGGGAAUCCGACUCAUGCCGAUCUGUAAGCCUGGGCUCAGAACCCAUUCGAACUUUGCUGGUGCUGGACGAAUCGGUUUGGGCAAGCUGCGGGAACAGCGUUGUGGUUUUGGACGUCUCCACCCUCACACCUCAGGUAACUCAAUUUUGCUCGGUGCAGAAUGGUGACAAAUUCGAAGUCCAUCCAGACCCGCUGGUCAGUGUGGCGCACAUGGCGUGUGCGGGCGGAGGGGUGUGGAUGGCGUUCUCAGAGGGUUCCUCCAUCCGCCUCUUUCACACGGAAACACUGGAGCUUCUUCAGGAAAUCAACAUCUCAACGCGCUCGACGCUGCUGAACACCGGUCAAAAGAACAUACGGGUCACGAGCCUCCUAACUUGCCAAGGUCUGCUGUGGGUGGGCACAGCCCAAGGCUUCAUUAUCACUCUUCCAGUUCCCAAAUUGGAAGGCAUCCCCAAAAUAACAGGAAAGGGAAUGGUCUCUCUGAAUGCCCACUGCGGGCCCGUGGACUUCCUGGUGGCCACCACCAGCACGCUGUCCCCCGAUCUGCUGAAGAGGGACUCGGUGGUGGACGGGCCGGACUCGGCCUGCGGGGGGGAGGACCGCAGCGACUCCUCCUCCCAGGAGUCCCUGCAGCAGCCCGGCUCCGCCAAGGCGGAGGAGAGAGGCCGGGGCCGCGGCGUCCUGCUGCAGUACAAGCUGCGCUCCACCUCGGGGCUCCCCGGGCGCCCGCUGACCGCCACGGGCGACGAGGCGUCCGACUCCUCCAUGGAGUCCCUGGAGCACAGCGUGGAGGACGGCUCCAUCUACGAGCUCAGCGACGACCCGGAGACCUGGGUGCGGGGGAGGUCCGCCGAGAGGGACGGCCCCCGCAGGGACCGGGUCAUCUCCGCCGCCGUGCUGUCCGGAGGAAAGGGCUUCCGCCGGCUCAGAGAAGGAGCCGCGUCCGGCCAGAGGUCCAGCGGGGACUGUUCAGAAAAUACUCUCAUGGUGUGGCAGCUCCCACUGACGGUGUGA